AUGUCGCAGUACAUCGGAAAAACCAUCUCGCUCAUCUCGAACAAGGGCCUCCGCUACGUCGGUGUUUUGGACAAGAUCUCCGCGGACGACGCCACGGUUUCCUUGAAGUCCGUCAGGCCGUUCGGCACCGAGGGCAGAAUGGCCGAGCAGGGCCUGCCGAGCAUGGAGGUGAUGCCGAGCGCCGAGAUCUACGACUACGUCGUUUUCCGCGGCUCCGACGUCAAGGAUUUGAAUGUUUUGGACACGCCCAUCGACCAGGUGCGUCCGGUGACGUACUACGCGCCGCCAGCCGCCGCCACCUUAUCCGGCAGCGCGGCGCCCGCAGCCACGCCCACCACAGAUACCCCCGAACCCACGAAAACAAGCAGCGAGGCGCCCCGCGAGCGUGCCGUGCCCACGCCGGCCCUGGGCUUCAGCGACGCGUACGAUUUCGAGGAGGCCAACCGCCGGUUUGAGAAGGAAAAGCAGCAGGACGCGGCCGCCAAGCCCACCUACGACAAGAAGUCGCUGUUUUUCGACUCGAUCUCGCUGAACGAGCACCAGGGCAGCAUGCGCUGGCACGACGAGAAGACAUUGAACAUGGACACGUUUGGCCAGGCCUAUGCGCACAAGGGCCGGGGCGGGUCCAGAGGCCGGGGCGGCCGUGGCCGGGGGAACGGGUACAGGGGCCGUGGCCGGGGCAACCGGGGCCGUGGCUCGGCCGAGGCGAAGCCGGAGUGGGCGUGA